CGGAGCCGGCCUGGUUUCAGUCAGCGGCGCAGAUCCGUCGCGUACGCGUCGCUGAUGCCGGUACCACACGUCGACCGUUACUACUUGCUACCGUUACUACCGGCCACGAGAAACGCUACUCUCGGAUGCGUAAAAUUACCUCUUUGUGAUACCGGUGAAUAAAUAAAACCCAUCUCUCACAUUAGCGAGCGUUAAAUGUUCAUUUUGACGUUUGCAAAUAGCAAUCCAUUGUUUCGCGCUCCUGGAAUACAGUUUUUAACGUUUCGUGGGCAGAUUUCGAGCUGGAUGUAAAAAAUUGUGAUAAAGAUAAACACCGCUUUUUGUACGUUUUUUUUUUAUUUAUUACUGUGUUACUAAAAAUAAAUUAUUUAUUGUUAAACGUUGAUCCUCGAUCGUGUAUUAAUUAGCGAAUUAAUAAUGAUAUAAAGUUAUUUUGUAAAGAAGAUGUUAAAUGUGGUAUACCUGGAUCUUUAUCGUAAUUAAAUGCGCAAAUAAGAAGUGGAAAAGUAAUUAUCCUCUUACCAGUGAAAAUAUUAAACUUUGAUGGUGUUCUUUCUCAAAGUAUAUCAACAGUAUAUCUAGCUAUGUAAACUUGAUAAUUAAACGAGAAUUUUAUUAUCUGAUAUUAUUCGCAAACAUAAGGUAAAAACUAUUAAUAAUCUCUCUAACAAGUGAUACAAAAUUAACAUUGUCAUUAAUAAGUAAUAUUUAAUUAAUUAAUAAAAAAGCAAGUACUUACAAGACAAUUCUAAUAAAACUAAUAAUUUCAUAGUACUUUAAUGAUUUUGUUAUAAUUUGCCAAAAUAUUAAUAAAAAGGUAAUAAUAAUAAAAUAUAAAUUAAUCUAACAAUUUUUAUUUUUACGUGUUCAAAUUGUGCUAAGUGACAAUAUAUAAGCUGUGAUAUCAUUUUCCAAGUAACGUUAUAUAAAAUUUGAAAAUGAUACUAAAAGUGAGAUAUAAUAAUAAUAAAGAUUGGCGUUUAUGUAAAAUGCAUUUUUAUAUGUACAAUGCAAAAAUGUUUCUCUUCAUUCACUGAUAUACUCGGAUCGCGACGGAAUAUAAAAUACAAGUUACAUAAUCUCUUGAUUAUUAAAAUUGCGGUUUUAGAAUCAUUUCGCAUUUCUUUUUUUCUUUUCAUUCAAACUAUCUAAAAUUCGAACUAUUACAUAAAAUUCGAUAUUAUUUCGGGAGAAAACGAACGGACGAAGAAAAGUUAAUUGUGAGGGGCAAAAGAAACAGUACACUACUACCUUGUAAUUAAUCGAGUAAAACUUGAAGGAACUUUUAAAUGAUCAACAGACACACAGCUAAGCACUUUUAGCUUUUGUUAAGGCUGAUGCGAUAACGAUACUUGUCAGUGUAAUGCUACGCAAAGUGAGAAAUGACGAAAAAAUUCUCCAUUCAAAGUAACCACAAGUUGACUAUUCUGUAAGGUGAGCUCCUUUUGGCGAACUCUUAAACGCGUCGCCUCUUUUCUUGGACAAAAGUGACUCAUCGCAAAAAGUGUCACGUCGUUAAAAGUUAUGCAUUUUUUUUUUGUUCAGGUUUAUUCCGUUAGCACGUAGUCCUAAAUUGUUUUAAAUGCAAUUAAAAUAAUAUGCCGUUCUGUUUCCGGCAAAUUAACUUGGAUUCUUCCUGGUGUAAAAUACAAAAGCUGGGAUAAAGUUAUGAAUGUGUUUAUUUCUAAAGUGAUCAGUACAAAAUUCUGCUAACUAAAAUAUCCACGAGUGGGACUACCUAUUAUACGUAUUUGGACAGCGAGUGAGCACAAUUUUACACGAUACGAACAUUUUAGUGGGUGUGUCGAUAUUCACGGCAUUCGAAGUAUCGAUGUUCGUCGAGAGAUACUCGCAAGUUUCAGAAGACCGAAAAAAGCUGCAACCCUCGCAAAUGUGGACAGCGAAAGUUACUGUUACACUUUUCAUUUAUUUUAAGCUGCAAGAUUUUUAAUAUUGCUCAAACAAAUGCUGCAAUAAUUAGUUAUCGCUCAAUAAUUGAAAACAAUGUUUCUUUGUGGCAUCGUAACAAAAUUAUAAAAAAGAGCCACAAAAAAAAUAACGUGAAGCUAUGCUUCAAACAUGUAGAGAUACUGUUGACUCUAUCGUAGCGUUGUUCUGAAUCACAGUUCUAAAUGUUGGAGAACUAGCAAGCAGUAAACAAAACAUUCAUGAGUACAGUGAUAACAGUUCGAUAAAGUGACUUCUCAGAGCAAUGUAACAUUCGCUGUAUCGGAGCAGCUUCGCCGGCGUGGGCGUACGAGUCAACGAGAGAGAGAACGAAAUAUCGAAGCGCACGAGUGACAAGAAAAUGUCGAUUCAGGGACGCAACCUGUCCGAUAACCCCGUUUCCACAGAAUAUUUCGGCGCUCCAGAGGUUGAUGAUGACUCGUCGAUUGUUACCGGUCUUCCCCAAUUCUCCACCGUCACUUCCGAAAUUGCCAACGUCACCUCGUCAGUCAUACCGCAGUCAUCAGGCCAAGACAGUCUCCUCGAGAAUCUUAUUAUACCGUUGUACGGUACAAUCUUCUUCCUCUCUAUCGUCGGAAAUUCUUUAGUGCUCAUCACCUUGGCGAGGAAUAAACGGAUGCGCACGGUGACAAACGUUUAUCUGUUGAAUCUGGCUGUAUCGGAUCUGCUGCUCGGUGUGUUCUGCAUGCCCUUUACUCUCCUGGGUCAAAUUCUUAAAAAUUUCGUUUUUGGUCUCGCGAUGUGUAAGCUGAUACCAUAUUUUCAAGCCGUGUCAGUGUCGGUGGGUGUUUGGACGCUGGUUGCCAUUUCACUCGAGCGCUACUUUGCUAUAUGCCGACCAUUAAAAUCCAGAAGAUGGCAGACACAGUUUCACGCUUACAAAAUGAUCGCCGUUGUAUGGACUCUCAGUCUCACGUGGAACGUACCGAUUCUCGUCAUGUCCCAAUUAAAAAGCUUAAGCGGAGGAAGGCAUAAAUGUCGCGAGGAAUGGCCGAGCGUCAGCGCCGAAAGGGCAUACAAUCUUUUCUUGGACGGUACGCUGCUCCUAAUACCGUUGCUGCUCAUGAGCGUGGCUUACUCGCUGAUAGCGAUAAAACUUUGGCGCGGCCUGAAGCUCGAGAUACGACAGUCAUCGACGUGUACCAGGAGACUCGGAAGAACGGAAACUAACGCAACGAUUCGGGGUACACGUUACAACAACAAUAAUGAUCGAGAUGCAAGGACGAGGAUGGUAUUUGAUGCUUGCGACCCGACGUCAAGAUCACGACGAAGCUUCUCGUCUUCCUCGAGGCACUUUCAAGGCGCUUCUCAAGGUGUACCAUCUAGGGUGCGGUUACCACGGACGGCGGUCUCCAGGGUGCUUAGCGGCAAGUGUCACGGUACAGAUUUGUCCCAGACAUCCCGGAUUCAGAUACGGGCAAACGGAAGUGGCUGCUUAACGCGUGACACAAAGGAUAUCGCUAACGAGGAUCAGCAGGACUCGCCAUGUCCGCUCACCAGACAACACGUGAUACGCAGCAAUUACAUGGGAAAAAGCAUCGAGGCGAAGAAGAAGGUGAUCAGGAUGCUCUUCGUCAUAGUCCUCGAGUUCUUCGUAUGCUGGGCGCCGUUGCACGUGAUCAAUACGUGGUACCUUUUCGCGCCCGAACUGGUAUACUCGGUCGUCGGUAGCACCGGCAUUAGUCUGGUGCAACUGCUGGCCUAUGUCUCGAGUUGCUGCAAUCCCAUCACGUACUGUUUCAUGAACAGAAAAUUUCGCCAGGCAUUCCUCGGGCUUUUCGACUGCCACCGCUGUUGGAGGGUGGGUUGCAGACACAGCGACAUCGCGAUGGCGACCACCGGAAAUGCCGGGCAAGCUGGCAAUAACAGCGAAUUAAGUGGAAACGACUCGACGGUGUAUCUGGGCAAAGCGUCUCUCGUCGCCAGAUCAGAGGUAGUACGGUUGCUGGAGGAGGAAGAUCGCGUCUAGUAUAAGUCGUGCGGAUUAUGCGACGUGGCGGCGCGACCGACUGUAUCUCUGCCCCAAUCCCGCGAGGAAGAGGAAGAAUUUUUUCUGAAAAUAUCCUGGCGGCCACCCGUCGACAGGAUCGCUUGUCGCGCAAGUGGUAAGGAAUCCGCACACGCCGGCCCGUCUCAUUGCUCAUUGAGAUCUUCCUGUGUGGACAAUCUCAACUUUCUUUACGAUUGACUGAAGUGAUACGUGAUUCUCAAUGUUCUGUGACGUACAUAUAUAUGUCUUUGGCCUAAUAGAAACUUCAGAUCUCAUUUUUUCGUAGUUUUAAUUAAUUCAUAAAAAUCAAAAUAUAUCUGUAUUAAGAGGAAAAAAAAGGUACGCGUUGAAAAUUUUUCCGAAUUCGCGGCGAGAGUUAUUUUUGUAUUCUGCAUCGAAUUGAUCGUUCGCGCAGCUAACAAUUUGAACAAUCAAUGUUUUUGUACAGCAUUAAUCGAAUGACGAAUAAAGAUCUUGCAGACAUAUGAUAAUUCUACAUAAGUAAGAAAAAUUGAUUUCUUAAACGUGUUACAUCUUAAUGAACUUGUAAAAUUGUUAAAAUUAAUGUUUGUCAGUAGAUCAGUAUAAUCAAUUAAUAUAUUUCUUAACAACGGUAAUCCACUCCAAAGUGCUGGAGUGAUCUCGAAUAUAUUAAAAAUUGUAUUUUUGCAUCGCAAUUUUUUCUCAAGUAUCAUAAUAAUAUAAUAAUGCUAUAAAUAUUCGCAAUAAUUGUGAAAAAUAUAUCGUUUCUAGAAGAUUAAUAAUUAACCUAAUUUUACAUUAUUAAUUGUAAUGUCUUAUACGUUUGGAUUAAAAAAAAUGACAAAACGCUUUGGGCACUUCCGCAGGCGAGCUCUUAUAACCCGGAACCAUAAAGUAUAUUUAUCUGGUAAACGCAAUUUUAUGCGGAAAACAAACACAGUUAUGCUAUUUCUGCUUAACGCUUGCUCAUUUAUGUUACUUACGCUAAUUUCGAGAGACGGUUUUAUAUUUCAUGUUCGCGCCGUAUCUAGUUAUUAGGUAUUUUACAUUUAUUUCAGCAUAGACCGCGUUAAAUUCAAUUUUGCAGGAUUUCCUGCAAAAACGGCGAAAUUUCAUCGCUUUCGAAAAAUGCCCGGCACAUGGCAAUCCCAGAAUCUUUGCUAAGGAGUACUAUUCAACGUAAAUUCGUAUAGAAAUUUGCCGUAUGAUAUAUAGUUGGCGUAUCUUUCAUCGUGCAUAUCUUUGAUACACCUGUUGCACACGAUUCAUGGAUCUGUCAGAGAAUAACCCUUAAAUGAUAUAGCGCGAAGUAUGUACCACUACGUUAUUUGGUCGCAGCGCGUCAAAGCUAAUACUCGCUGUUCUCUCAUAUUUAUAUGGUACUUCGAUGCAUUACUAUUCGUGGAAGCAUUUCUCGUAUAAAUCCGUGUUACGUAACGAUUCGAUCGAUUCCAUAAAUGAUAGCGUUUUAAAAGAUUUGCUUCACUUCUAUUGAAUUUAUUGUCAUUUUAACGUAUUUUGUGAAGAAAUAUCCCCUUAACGAUACACUGUAUAGUAAAAUUCCGUUAUUUAAUUAUAUUGGAUUUCGCAAAAUGUUGCGAAAAAGUGUCAGCAAUAAGGGACAAUUUUCUAAACGAUGCCAUGCAUCGAAUAACUGUGUUUGUUUCGAUCCAUUUUUUUUUUAAUCAAUUUUAUAUAAUACUUUAAUCCUAACGUAUGUUAUGUACUUAUCAAAAGUAUUCUAAAAAAGAAAUUUCUAAGUACGUAUCUCUCUGUACAAAGUUACAACGCGAUCGUUACAUUAUAUAAGAAGAUAUAAAAUAUAAUUAUACAAUUACAUAAGUUGAACGUCGCAGCUCAGCAGCAUUAUAAAAUAAUUAUUUGCGCAAAAAUACAGAUUGCAUUGUAAGUAAUAAAAAAUAAACCCCACGGCGUUCUAUAUUCUUCUGAAAUGUUCAAGAAACAUUCGAAAGUUCUUCUUGCGAGAUGUGUAACGAAAUAGACUAAGAUUUGAUCGACUUUACAGAUAGACAUUGUGCAAAAAUGUUUAAUAAACUUUUUUCAACACAGUUA